UACCCCCAUUGUCUUCCAUCUCAACACUCGUAUAAGCACAAAACAACUUUUGACUUAAUUUAAGCUGUUGCAAUGGAAAACUACAAGCAUGGGGAAGAUGAGGAAGCUGGUGUGCUGGCCUUGGCUGCUUGUGUCUCUCAUAUCUUCCCCAUGGCUUUGGACGCCGCCAUUCAACUUAAUCUAUUUGAGAUCAUCGCCAGGGCCGGCGGUGGCGCCCAACUCUCCCCUUCUGAAAUCGUGUCCCAACUUCCGACCAGCAACGACAGCACGACGGAGCAGCCGCCGUGCUUGAUAGCCUGCUCCGGCUGCUGGCCACCCACUCUUUGCUUACUUGUUCAUUGAGCAGACUUGAGAGUGGGGAAAUUGAAAGGCGUUAUGGACUUGCUCCGGCGGGGAAGUUCUUCGUCGGAGAUGAGAAUGGGGUGUCAUUUGCUCAGUAUCGGGCACUCACAAGCUGGGGUGAAAUGCAGUUCAGUUUAAAAGACGCAAUUCUUGAAGGAGACAAUUUAAUUAAAAGAACUCACGGGAAAUCUGACUAUGCAGUACUAUUGUCGAACCCAGAAACUACUAAGAUGUUAAACAACGCCAUGAGAGCCCAUUCCACUGUGCUCAUGAAAAAAGCUACCAAUGUAUAUGAUGGUUUUUCGAGUUUGGGUUCGAUAGUGGAUGUUGGUGGUGGUACGGGUACUGUUCUUGGUAUCAUCGUUGCAAAGUAUCCUUACAUCAAGGGCGUUAACUUUGAUCUACCAGAGGUUGUUCAAACUGCCCCCUCCUACCAUGGCAUAGAGCAUAUUGGUGGGGAUAUGUUUGUUGAAGUACCAAGAGGAGAUGCCAUCUUACUCAAGUUUAUUCUGCACAAUUGGAGUGAUGAGCAAUGCAUUAAGUUGCUAAAGAACUGCUAUAAAGCAUUAUCAAACAAGGGAAAGUUGAUUGUGAUGGAUUAUAUUUUUCCGGACAGCCCCCAAACUGAUUUUCAGGCAAAAUAUGCCUCUGCGAUGGACGUUAUCAUGUCAACGAAGUUGAAAGGGAAGGAAAGAACAAAGGAUGAGUUUAAAACCCUUGCAACAAAAGCCGGGUUCGUAGAAUUUAAGGUUGUUUGUUGCGUGUAUGGCAUGUGGAUAAUGGAGCUCGUUAAGUCUGUUUGAACUCAUAGUUGAACACAAUUAUUCUCCACAAAUGUAUGAAAUAAAGUGUGCUUAUCAAAUUAUGGUUUUGACCAUAAACAUUUGAUAUUAAUAAAUUUGAUUUUU